CAAUUACCAAACUACCCUUACCCCUCAUAUUUAUGUAUCAUUGCAAAUUAAUUUUUCGCUUCCAGUAUCUAGGGUUUUGUGGCAUUCUUCCAAAAGCAAAAGCAGCCGCCGCCGCCGACACACUGUGACACAGUGAAACCCUAGCCAUGUCGUUGGUUGCAAACGAAGAGUUUCAGCACAUUCUUCGUGUACAAAACACAAAUGUUGAUGGAAAGCAAAAGAUCAUGUUUGCUAUGACCUCUAUCAAAGGUAUUGGUCGUCGUUUUGCUAACAUUGCUUGCAAGAAAGCUGACAUCGAUAUGAACAAAAGGGCUGGAGAACUUUCUGCUGCAGAGCUUGACAGCUUGAUGGUGGUUGUGGCUAAUCCUCGCCAAUUCAAAAUCCCAGAUUGGUUUUUGAACAGGCAGAAGGAUUACAAGGAUGGCAAGUUUUCCCAAGUUACAUCUAAUGCCCUUGACAUGAAACUUAGGGAUGAUCUUGAAAGGCUGAAGAAGAUCAGGAAUCAUCGUGGUUUGCGUCACUACUGGGGCCUUCGUGUACGUGGUCAGCACACAAAGACCACUGGCCGCAGGGGGAAGACUGUUGGUGUCUCCAAGAAGAGAUAAAUCAUCUACCUCCCAAUUCCUUUAUGUUUUAUGCUUCUCCUUAGUAUGCGGAGUCAGGACACUUGCAAAAAGUUUGUUAGGGUAUUUCUGUAUUGUUUGCAUUUGAAUUUUCUUGUCCUGCCAUUUGGAGGGUUAUAGUUCCUAAAAAUCUUCCGGUGGUUGCAAGCAUUUAUUUACUGUGGGAUCGAAGUUUUGCCGAUUGCGGUUGGAUUAAUACAUCUAAUAUGAGUACCUUUUUUAUGGA